AUGGGAACCCGGGGUAAGAAAAUUAUGCAAAUGCUGCAAACAAUGGAAGUUACCAAACCAAGUUAUGGUGAGGAACCGCGUGGCAGUGAAGAGAUAGAAGGACUGGAUUUUAUUGAAGCUCAAGGUGAAGAUUUUGAAAGGGCUUUAGAUCAAACUGGAUUUGGAAAAUUCCACUUUUCAUUACUGACGAUUUGCGGACUGAUUUAUUUAAACACUGCAGUGGGUAUAACUAUUAUAUCUUUUGUAUUACCUUCGGCGACAUGCGAUUUCCAAAUGUCAUCUUCCGACAAGGGGUGGCUUACUGCUGCUCCUAUGCUUGGAAUGGUUAUUGGCUCAUAUUUUUGGGGAUGUCUAGCUGACACGAAAGGUAGAAAAAUUGUUCUGAUUGGAGCUCUUUUAAUGGACGGUGCAUGCGGACUUUUGUCAAGUAUCUCACAAGUAUUUUGGCUAUUUAUGUUGAUGAGAUUUUUUAAUGGCUUUGCUAUAACUGGUGCUAUGGGAAUAUGUUUUCCGUAUUUGGGGGAAUUUCAACCAAACAAGUAUAGGGAGACAAUAUUAUGUUGGAUGGAAUUAUUUUGGACACUUGGGGUAAUCGCACUGCCAGGAAUUGCUUGGAUGAUAAUUCCUUUGGAAUUUGAAUACAUAACAGAUAGUUUUAAAUUUAGGAGUUGGAAUCUGUUUGUUGCAACUUGUUCUAUUCCAAGUAUUUUAAUUGGAUUGUGGCUUAUUAUGUUUCCAGAAAGUCCAAAAUUUCUUUUAGAAUGUGGAGAAGCAGAUGAAGCUCUCGACGUAUUACGAGAUAUUUACUACACGCUAAUGAUUUGGUUUCCGGAGCUUUUUUACCGUUUCGAAGAAUUCGAAAACUUACAUCCUAAUGAAGCAGCCUCGGUAUGUGAAGUAUCUUCUGUGGUUGUAAAAUCAGCAAACGCCACUCUUGACCAAAACGAAUUUUGUGGAGAGCCGCUGGCUGAUUCAGUAUUUCUGCACACUUUAAUUAUUGGACUGGCUUGUAUUCCUACAAGUUUCUGGCUGCCAUUAUGCGUACAUAGACUGGGUGCAAAGUUUUUCUUAGUAUUUAGUUUAAUUGUUGCUGGAGGUGUGACAGUGGGUCUCUAUUUCGUCACAUCUGCUAUGUCUAAUUUGGUGCUGUCGUGUAUAUUUGAAGCAUUAACAAGUUUAGGAAUUAGUACUGUGUACUGCGUAAUGGUUGACUUAUUUCCAACGAAUUUGAGGGUAAUGGCAGCAGCAUUAUCACUUACUUUCGGUAGAGGGGGAGCACUGCUCGGUAAUCUACUCUUUGGCUUUCUCAUAGAUCUAAACUGUGUUAUACCUAUUGCAGUUUUUGCCGCAAUGCUCCUAGUUAGUGGACUUUUAUGUCUGAUGUUGCCCAGUACAGGAAAAGGAUCGCUGGACUAA